CGUAGCUUCAGUUUGAGUUACAGUGCUCGAUCCUCCAUGGCUUCCAAGGCGAUGCUUGUCAUGGCGGCGGCGACGGCGAUCGCCUUCCUCCCCUUGCUCGCCUCCGCCACCGUCCACGUCGUAGGUGACGGUAGUGGGUGGACCCUCGGGUUCGACUACACCGCCUGGUCCGUGAGCAACCAGUUCAGGGUCGGCGACGUACUAGUGUUCAAGUACAACAAGGCCAACCAUAACGUGGUGGAGGUGAGCGGGCCGGACUUCAGGGCGUGCAACAGCGCCAAGGGCCUCGGCGCCUGGAACUCCGGCAGCGAUCAGGUCCAACUCGCCAGCGCCGGGCGGAGGUGGUUCGUCUGCGCUGUAGGCAGCCACUGCGCUAUGGGCAUGAAGCUCAACGUUACCAUCCUCGCCGCCGACGCGCCUUCGCUUGCCCCUGCGCCGGCACCGUCCUCGUCUGCUCACAAUACAAUCCUCGCCGCCGACGCUCCUUGGCUUGCCCCUGCACCGGCACCGUCCUCGUCUGCUUACAAUACAGUCCUCGCCGCCGACGCGCCUUGGCUUGCCCCUGCACCGGCACCGUCCUCGUCUUCUCACAAUACAAUCCUCGCCGCCGACGCUCCUUGGCUUGCCCCUGCACCGGCACCGUCCUCGUCUGCUCACGAUACAAUCCUCGCCGCCGACGCUCCUUGGCUUGCCCCUGCGCCGGCACCGUCCUCGUCUUCUCACAAUACAAUCCUCGCCGCCGACGCUCCUUGGCUUGCCCCUGCACCGGCGAAGUCCUGGGCUGCUCACAAGUCCAGGCGGCCCUUUGUUACCAAGUGGUGA